UUCCUCUCUCUGCUCAAAAGAAACUUCGUCGGUUAUCUCAAAGCGGAUUUCGUUUUCCAUUUUCAGUCUUCUCUUCUGAUCUCACUUAUCAUCCUUCACUCAGAUUCUCAGCGACUGGAGCUCUCGCAAUCGCCGAGAUGUUUGUCAAGAAACUCGUUGAGAAGGCUUCGCGGAAGCCAGGAAGCACCAUUGAUGGUUUGAAAGGAUGCGAGGUGGAGCCUCGUCUUGCCUUCCACUAUGGCAUUCCAUCAGGCUCUACCAUGUCUGCUUAUGAUUCCAUCCAAAAGAUACUUGCUCUUUCUACCAGAUAUGGUCAGAUCAAGCUAUUUGGAAAGGAUAAUUCUCAGGCUCUACUAGAGUCUAAGGAGGCACUUCCUAGCAAGUUUUUGCAAUUCAUAGAGAAUCAGGGAUUUCUUCUAAAUGUUACUCCAAACAACCAAAUUGAGGUAUGGGAUAUAGACAGAAAGUUGUUGGUACAUGUGCAUGCUUACGACGAAGAAAUCACCUCUUUCACGAUCUUGCAACAGAGUUCAUACAUGUAUGUUGGAGAUUAUCUCGGUAAUGUUUCAAUUUUAAAGCUUGAUCAAAGUCUCUGCAACAUAAUACAAAUGAAGUACAUCAUACCUGUUUCAGCCUCACGUGGAAAUCCAGCUGAAGUUACCAGUGACACUUAUAUAACCCACAUACUACCACAACCGACCGCUGAAUUCAAGAGAGUGCUUCUAAUAUUCAAUGAUGGCUUGAUUACUUUGUGGGAAAUUAAAGAAUCCAAAUCUAUUUUCAUCACGGGUGGACAUACCAAGCUAUCAUCAUAUCAAGAAGCAAAGAAGGUGACUUCUGCAUGUUGGGUUUGCCCUUUAGGAAGUAAAGUUGCUGUCGGGUAUAGCAAUGGAGAAGUUCUAGUAUGGGCUAUUCUUUAUGGCCAAAAUCAAAAUUUUGAAUCAGUGUCAGAGAAUAGCAGUCGAAGUGGUCCUUUAUGCAAGCUUAAUCUUGGCUAUAAGUUGGACAAAAUCCCUAUUGCAUCUCUGAGAUGUAAUUAUGUGGAUGCAAAAGCAAGUCGGCUAUAUGUUAUGGGUGCCUCUUCAAACUCACUGCAGGUAGUCUUGUUGAAUGAGCAAAUUGAAGCUCGCAUGAUCAAAGUGGGGCUUCAGCUUUCUGAACCUUGCGUCGAUAUGGAUAUCAUUUCAAGUCUCAGUGAUCACAGCAAGAACAAGCAAGAUUAUCUGCUAUUGCUUGGAAAAUCUGGCUGUGUUUACACUUAUGAUGAUUGCUUGAUUGAGAAAUAUCUGCUACAACAAUGUCAAUCCAGGACGGCAGCCUCACUUCCAAAAGAGGCCAGGCUUAAGAUUCCGUUUGUUGAUUCACACAUAACUGUGGCAAGGUUUUUCACCAAUAAUUCUUGUUCUCUAUAUGCUUCUGAUGAGGAUUACAUUCAGCGGACAAAAGACAUUCCUUCCCUUUUUCUUUCAGAGUCAAAACCAAAGGAAGUAUCAUACUUAGACACAGUCCAAUUUGUUGGAUUUUCAAAGGUUGAGAAUUUGUAUAUAUCUGGACAUAAUGAUGGAAGCAUAAAUUUUUGGGAUGCGUCAUCUCCAAUUUUCUUCCCAAUCUAUUCAUUGCAACUACAGAGUGAGGAUGAUUUUUCUUUAAGUGGCAUUCCGGUGACAGCAUUACAUUUUGAUGGCAGUUCCCAGAUUCUUGUUUCUGGAGAUCAUAGCGGAAUGGUCCGGAUCUUUAAAUUUCGACCAGAACCUUAUGCAGCAGACAACAGUUUUAUGCCUUUCCAAGGAAGCACAAAGAAACGGAACAAUCAGAUUAUCCAUAGUGUUAAGCUACUAAAAAUUGACGGAUCAAUACUUGCAAUCAACAUAAGCCCCAGAUCGAAUCAUCUUGCUGUUGGGUCUGAUAGAGGAUUUGUUUCUGUAUUCGAUAUCCAAGGGUCGAGUCUAAUAUAUCAAAAGCGUGUUGCAAGUGAAAUAUCUACUGGUAUCAUUUCUUUGCAGUUUGAAAGCUGCAAUCUUCAAGGUUUUGAGAAAAAUGUUCUCACUAUUGCCACAGUAGAUUCCUCUAUUUUGGCUGUUGACGGUGAAACGGGAAAAACGCUAAGUGCUAGCAUGGUUCAUCCCAAGAAACCCUCCAGAGCUCUAUUCAUGCAGGUUCUAUAUGGACAAGAUGCAUCGACCAGAGGAUCAGGAAUUGCAGCUGUGGAUAGCGUGCCGAAACAGUCGCUAGUGUUACUUUGUUCUGAGAAAGCUGCAUAUAUCUAUUCCUUCGUUCAUGCUGUUCAGGGAAUCAAGAAGGUUCUUUACAAGAAGAAGUAUCACUCGUCGUGUUGUUGGGCAUCUACCUUCUAUAGUACCUUAGAUGUUGGCCUCUUGCUUGUUUUUGACACUGGGAAGAUUGAAAUAAGGUCCUUGCCAGAGUUAUCUCUCUUAAAGGAAACUUCAGUAAGGGGUGUCAAAUAUUCUCCUUCAAAAGCAAAUUCGUUGCCUGAAAGCAUUAUAUGUUCUUCCAAGGAUGGGGAACUUCUUGUGGUGAACGGUGAUCGAGAAAUAUUUAUUGUCUCGGUGUUGUGCCAUAAGAAAAUGUUUAGGAUUUUGGACUCUGUCAGUCACAUAUACAGGAAAGAUCAUAUGCUUUUACAAGAAUUGACCACUGCUCCCAAGGAAAAAAGGAAGGGUAUAUUUUCUACGGUUUUCCAAGAGAUUGCUGGAAACAAACCAAAACAGACUCCUGAUAUUGAAAUAGAAGAUAAUAGGGAAAGUGUUGAAGAACUUUCCGUAAUCUUCUCAUCUUCCAACUUCCAUAGGGAUGUUAAGAUCGUUGAAGGUAGUGAAAACUUGGUCCCAAAUGAAGACAAGUCAGCGUUGGAUAUAGAUGACAUUGAACUUGAUGACCCUGUUGAAAAACCAAAAGAACAGAGCAAGUUGGCUGCUUUAAAUAAGCAGAAGUUGGCGAGUACAUUUAAUUCUCUUAAAGGAAAACUGAAACAGAUGAAGGUCAAAACGGAGAAAAACUCAGCCAAGGAAGAGCAACCUGAUUGGAAUAAUGCAGCAGAUAAUAAAGCAGGUGCAGUUGAUCAAAUCAAGAAGAAGUACGGAUUCUCAUCGGCUGGGGAUACAAGUGUUGCAAAAAUGGCAGAAAGCAAGCUGCAAGAGAACAUAACGAAAUUACAGGGAAUCAACUUAAGAGCUACGGAUAUGCAAGACACAGCGAAGUCAUUUUCAUCCAUGGCAACUCAAUUACUGCGAACUGUCGAACAGGGAAAGCGUAAUUGAAAAGUUCAACAUCCAUGGAGAUUUGUAAGCCAAUGUCAUUUUUCGAUUUGGGGAUUUUUAUUGUGUUUGUUUAUAUAUUUUGUUUGCUUUGCUUUUGUUGUGUGUGCAUAAGUUAAAUACAUAUAUAUAGACUUAGGCAUCCCCCGGGUGCUGAAACUACCUCUGGUUUUUUAGCAGAA